AUGCCGAUCGCUGGAUCGAUUCGACUGAGAUCGCCGCUACCGCCGGCGUCGUCGUUCAAAGGGGCUACAGAUGCCUUGACUGCUACGGCAAAGGUUGUGGUUUUUCGCCCGUCCACGCCACCGUCAGAGCUCCAUCGACCGCCACCUGUGUCACUCUCGACUUCCCCCGACUCGCCCCUCGACGCACACCAGCCGAUGCUGCUGAAGUCUCCCCGUGCGACGAAUCGUGAGUUAGUUUCGCUCGAAUCAUGGCCCACAGACGACAUCGACGUGGAAGUGGCAGUUCCACCACCCAGCUCGGCUUCUUCGCCGACUAGCUCAGCGUCUUCGUCGUCACUAGCGUCUUCAACACAAAGCCCGCCACCCCGACCAGGAUCAUCCACAACCCAUCUGUCAGCAAGUGUCCCCAAACGACGACCGCCGCAGUCUGACCGCGACGCGUGGUCAAACCAUGGUGGUGUUAACGCGGCAGCCGACGCCGCCAUGUCGUCGAUGGCACAUAUGAUGCGCGGAGGGAGUCCACCGCCCAAUGAAGACGAUUUGCUGCCGCUGUGGGAGAGACCCCCCCAAGUUGUUCUCGAGUCGUCGCCGCAGAAAAUGGAUCCCGAAAUGAGAGUCUUCCAUGAUGCAUUUGCCCAACGACGCCAGACGGUUCGAGUAGCGACAGCGCCAUCGCCGCCAAGAAAAGCCAUAUCGUUGCCGCAGCACGGCGCCGCCCGCACCGAGGCGAUUCCCGUGCGACCACAAACGGCCCAAACCUUUACAAGUUUGCUACGGGUGUGCCAAAUGGGCGAGAUCGACGAGAUUCGACUAGCGUUUCAGCGGCACAAUCUGUCGUUUCAAAACCAAGUGUUCGAACGGGCGCUGCUGAUCCCUGAAGACAAGACAACUGCAGAGUGCAUCGGAAACCUGCCUCUUCCAGGCUCGAGACUGCCCGAGAACCCAAUCACGGGCCAAUUGGCGCUGCUGUUCAAGAUCAACAACACUGGGACGAAAUCGGGGAAAAGGGCAAAAAAAGCGAAAAAGAAGGCGAAAAAGAAAACAAAAAAGAACGCGAAAAAGCUCUCAGGAUGCCUCGGCCUCAUCCAGCCCCAGCCACUGCACACGGACUUCGAAGCGGCCGGCAUUGUCUCGGAUCUCUUUGAGAGCUUCAACAUGGAAACCGCUGUCACCAAAGGCAACCUGCUCGAGAAGAUCCUCGGCAACUUCACGACCCGCUUCUGA